AUGGUGGUUCAUGGCGGUAGCCACCACCUCACGGUGGUGGUGGUUCUCGGUUGUGUACCCAGCCACCCUCCCGGUGACCCACGACGGCGACAACAACCACUUUGGAACGAUAGCCACCACCUCACGGUGGUAACGGUGAUCUCCUUUUGUUCUCAGUCAAGCAGCAGCACACCCCGGCGGGACCUUGCUCGGAAUCUGGACGCAACCACCAGUUGGUGCGUAACGACGGCAACAUCAGUUGAAGCAACCACAAUGGUGGCUAUCGGCGACAUAACGAAAAGGAAGAAGAAUAAGGAUGGCGGCGAUUGGUCCCGAGCAAUGAUGGUCAAUGAAACGGCAGGGAUGUGGUGGAACAAAAGAGACGCGAAGGGGGGGGUUCCACCAGAGAUAGCAACGAUGAUGCUCCGAGGUGAGUUUCUUCCGAUCUCCCACUGCCAUGACGUUUGA